AUGACUAAAAAGCAAACCGAUCUUGAGCUGCCUAAUCGCCCAAAUCGAUGUCGGGAAGAUCGUCUGAUAGAUGGCGUGUUAGUCUGGCUCGUGGGUCAUCCGCACUGUGGGACUCAGGUGGAGGUACUCGUGAUGAGUAUAAAUCGCCAUAUUGGAAAAGUGGUUAUAGUAACUGGUGCUAACUCAGGAAUCGGAUUUGAAGCAGCGAAAGAUUUAGCGCAAAGAGGUGCUUUUGUUAUUGCAGCUUGCAGAAAUGUAGACAAAGGAUCAAAUGUUGUUAAAAAAAUCAUCAAUUUAUCUAAUAAUAAAGAUGUUUACUUUAUACAGCUGGAUCUCGCAUCAUUUGCAUCAAUCAAAAAGUUUGUCGAUAAAAUAUUUAAGUCAGUUUCAAGAGUCGAUAUUCUUAUUAACAAUGCUGGCGUGUAUACGACAAGCAAUAAUAAGACAGAAGACGGAUUUUCUAUUGGAAUGCAAGUCAAUUAUUUAGGACCAUUUCUCUUAACUUCACUUCUUCUUCCCAUAUUAAGAAAAUCUACUCCGAGUCGAAUCGUUAAUGUUUCUUCAAUGCUGUAUCAAUUCGGCCGAAUUAAUUUUAAAGAUAUUGAAAGUAAUAGGAGUUUGAACGCAUUUGCAACAUAUUGCAACGCAAAACUCUGCACAAUACUUAUGACUGUUGAACUACAUCGCCGACUCCAAGGUACAGGUGUAACAGUAAAUUGUUUACACCCCGGAAUGGUUAACACAGAAAUGAUUGACUCUGUUAAUAUUAUAUUUAUUAAAGAAAUUUUAAAAAUAUUCAAGAUAUUCUUUAAAACUUCGUGGGAAGGUGCCCAAACAACUAUAUAUCUAAGUGUAUCUCCUGAUGUUGAAAAUGUAAGCGGAUGUUAUUUCAAAGAUUGUCGUAUAGCAAAUGUGAAACCCAAAGCACAAGAGUUAGUUGUGGCACAGAAAUUAUGGGAUAUAUCAGAAAAAAAUGUGAAAUUAAAAUAAAAUUUGAAACUGAUAAUUGAGUAAGUGUCUUUUAAACCAGUUAGUUUUUAAACAUUGCAAAAAUAUUUGUAGGUAUAUAUUUCAUUAUUUGCAUACUCUAAUUUUUAAACAAA